AUGUUUCCCGUGAUUCUGGGUUCUGUGGAACAUGAAGUAACUUUCUAUUCCAUGUCUGGGAAUGGGGCCGGCUCAUUUCUCUCGCCUCCUCUCGAUGACUUACCUGCCACCAUGGCUUUUGUUGCAGGUCGCGACUCAUCGGUCGAAGACACAAUACACAAAUUAGUGGGGAUCAAAGUGCUUUUUGAAAAAUCCAGUGGUGUUGAAGCGAAAACUACGACAUAUCAACUACUCGCUCAGAAGAAGAAGAGUUUUCACCCGAUAAACUUUUAA